UGCCAAGCAGAGAGGUUCCUGUUCAACUCAGAGAGGGCACGAUCCUUCCCAGGAGAAAGGGGUGUUGAAAAUUCAUUCUCCACUCAGCGAUAAAAAGGGAUUUGCUAUCAAGUGAGUGAAGGAAGCCAGUCUGGAAAGGCUGCAUCUUGUACGGUUCCAGCUCUAGGAUACUGGGGAAAAGGCACAAGGCACAACUACGAGACCAAAAAAGAAAUCCCAAAAGAUCCAUGGUUGCUGGGGUUUCAUGGGCAAGGCUGAGCAGGCAGAGCACAGAGGGUUUAGGGCAGUGAAAAUACUGUGUGUUAAUAUGGUGGCCUUCGUCCAACUGGCAGAACGUCCUGCACCGGCAGUGAACUCGGGAACUCGUAAUAAUGUAUCUGUAUCACCUGACCAACUGUAGCCGAUGUCCCGGCAUCCGCUGACGUAAUACUAGGGAAACAGGGGGAAGGGGGCUGUAUGGGAAGUCUUUGUACUUUCUGCGCAAUUUCUGUAGUCCUAAAACUGCUCCAGAAAAUGUUACUGUAAAAAACCUGUUUUGCGAGAGAAAGACUGGGAAGGGGGGAAGGAAGCAGGUGCCCACGCAGGUGCCGUGGGGGACAGGGAGAGCCAUCUAGGGCAUUGACAGGCCCGGAGCCCCAUGGCGUGCGCCAGGCGUCUGCUGCUGCUGCUCUACCUGCUGCCUGUGUCCUUGGCCUGGAGGCCCAAGACCGUGUUCCAUUUGCAUAAGCAGCCUGGAGUCACAGAAGCUCUGCACCACCCAGACCGGCUCCCUCCAGGGCCGGGCCCGGCAGAAGGCGCCCGAGCGGGCUGGCCGGCACCAGGUGGAGGAGGGUCCCGCCACCCAGAGCUGGCCGCCGAGGGGGCAGGGGGCCGGCGGAAAGAACGGGGUCUCCCCUCCGGCGGUGGGCAGCCGAACGGCCACGCCUGCUCCAAGCACUCCGAAUGCCGGAGCCGCUGCUGUGUGCUCAGCAUCUCCGGCUCCGAGCUGACCUGCAGACCCAUGACCAUCUUCCUGCAGUGUCAGCCUUGGCGCAAGCCCAACGGGAGCCACUGCACCAACGAUGACGAGUGCCAGAGCAGGUGUUGCCUCGCUCCGACCGAGGUCAGCCACCGACGCUGCGUCCCCCAGAGAGGGAUCCUGGUUCAAUGCCUGAUCUUGUGACGGGGAAACUCAUCUUCGUGGAAGAACCAGUCCGGACCCGGGAGAAGCUCAGCCUGGAUCUCGUGCCUGUGUUUAGCUGGGAGCUCAGCUUGUGGUUCCCGCCCCUCGUUCUGGGCUGUGAAAACCUGCAGGUGUCAGACGCGCCCGUCCUGUCGUAGCAGCGAGCUCUGGAGACCGCUCCGUGAGGACGAACGGAGCUCCGGGGAACCUGCAGCUUGAUGGCCUCACAUCAGUGAGCCCCGCUGACCGAGUCAAGGCACUUCGUCACUUCCAUUUUUUUUCAGACAAUAAAGUAACACAAAUCUGUAGAAGACGUGGAGACCGUGGAGAGGUGGAGCCUGCUCAGGUUGCCUGCCUAGGAAUGUGCGUCCAGCAGAGACAAGCCUGACCUGGAGGGAAAGGGGCAGAGCAGGGGCAUGCCCUCCCCACGGGGCGUUUUGUCCUGGCUGGUAGAAAUCAUCCGCCCACUGUCCCAAACCGAAAAGCCUCCCCUGAGCGUUGCUGCCCGACAGGAAACACAAGCACGGGAGCAGAGUGGAGCCAGGACUCCCCGGACGGGCCCCAGGUCCUGCCGCUUCCCUGGGAGCAGACGCGCUGGCUAACUCAGAGCCCGUUCCCGCCAGGGCCCUCUUGGCGUUCCCAGAGUGCAGGGCCUUGGGGCGAAGCACCCGGACAACUGCCUUCUGGGGCUCCUGUCACCCAUGCUGACACCGGGCUGCUUCUCUGGGCGCCUUAAAAAUAUUUCGCCUCCUCCCUCCCCACCUCGUCCCUUCUGCCCCUCCUCCUCCUCCCCCUCUUCCCCUCCCCCCUCCUUCUUCCACUCCUCCUCCCCUCCCCCUUCCUCUCCCUCUUCCUUUCCUCCC